AUGGGAAUUGAGGUUGAUUUGGAUAUCCUGGCGUACCAGGCGUAUCAGGUUGACCAGGCUGACCAGGCUGAUCUGGGAAUUGAGGUUGAUAUGGGAAUCCAGGCGUACCAGGUGUAUCAGGUUGACCAGGCUGACCAGGCUGAUCUGGGAAUUGAGGUUGAUAUGGGAAUCCAGGCGUACCAGGCGUAUCAGGCUGACCAGGCUGAUCUGGAAAUUGAGGUUGAUAUGGGAAUCCAGGCGUACCAGGCGUAUCAGGCAUACCAGGCUGACCAGGUUGAUAUGGAAAUUGAGGUUGAUAUGAGAAUCCAGGUGUACCAGGAGUAUCAGGCGUACCAGGCUGACCAGGUUGAUUUGGGAAUUGGGACUGAUAUGGAAAUCCAGGCGUACCAGGGGUACCAGGCUGGCUUGGGAAUUGAGAGGCCAUGGACAGUUGAAUUUCAAUUAGUAAUGUCGACCCAUCCUAGUUCAUCUGAGUCUUCGGGCCUGCCAUGCCCGUAUGGAUCAUGGGGUCGGUCGGACUCGUACGGAUCAUGGGGUCGGCUAGGCCCAUUUGGGUCAUCGGGCCUGCCUAGCCCGUUGGGUUAUUCGGGCCCGCUUGGCCCAUUUGGUUCUUUAGGACCGCCUGACCUGUUCGGAUCAUCGGGCACGUUUGGCCCGUUCGGGUCUUUGGGCCUACCUGACCCAUUCAAGUCUUCGGGCCCGCUUGACAUGGUUUGGUCUUCGGGCCUGCCUGGCCCGUUCAGGUCAUCGGACCCGCCUGACCCGUUCGGUUCUUCGAGCCUGUCUGGCCCGUUUGGGUCUUCGGGCCCGCCUGACUUGUUCGGUUCUUUAAGCCCGCCUGGCCCGUUUGGAUCUUCGAACUUGCCUGGCCCAUUCGGGUCUUCGGGCCCGCUUGGCCCAUUCGGGUCUUCGGGCCCACUUGGCUCGUCGAGUCAUUGA